CUGGCGGGAGAAGUAGACGGCCACCUCCUCGAACGGCCCCGCCAUCUGCAGCCCGAAGCACGGCCGGAGCCCCCGCCUCGCCCCCCGACACCCCCUCUGCCCGCAGCUCCGCCGCCGACAAGGACGGAGACGACGAAAGGGUUCUGGGGCGGAAUUGGUGUCUCUCGAGCAGCCCAGGCUCCAGGCGGGCACAGCCCAGAGCGGCUCUCGCUGCAGCAGCGCCUGGGGGGAAAUUGCGAGGCCCCGAGCGGCCCCGCUCCGGUCGAGCCUCAGAGCGCAAUCAGCAUCUGCUUUGGAAGGGAAGUGGUUUUUUCCGGCCUGGCCGCCCCCCACCCCCACGCAACCCCCCAGGCUCCGAGCCCAGUGCUGGCGCCAGCGAGUCGGAAGGAGCGCGGGGUCCCAGAGCAUCCCAGUCCCGGAGGGCUCUGCAUCCCAGUGCCCCGGGCCCGGGGAAGAGCAGCCCCGCAGGCAGGCUGGCCCUGCAGCCCCCGGCCCCUCUGCGGGCAGCCCGGCUGCGAGAAGGGCACUGCCAGGCCUGGCGGGGGAGCGGCGACCCCGGGGCUGCCGGGUCCGGCCUGGCGGCGUCAGGGUUGGGGCAGAGGGGGCCGGGCAAGGCGCGGCGGGGCGAGCUGAGCCGGGCGUGCUUCGGGCUGCGGAUGGCGGGGCCGUUCGAGGAGGUGGCCGUCUACUUCUCCCGCCAGGAGUGGGCAGAGCUGGCGGGCUGGCAGCGGCGGCUCUACCGGGAGGUGAUGCUGGACACCUACGGAAUGCUCGCCUCGCUGGGCUGGGACACCGUUAAGCCCGAGCUCAUCUGCAGGUUGGAGCGAGGAGAGACGCCGUGCGUGCCAGACCCCCCCGGGGAGCUGCAGAGGCACCGCAGCCCUGUGCCGGGCGGGUCCCGGGGGUCCCCUGGGGGGAUGGGGGGUUCCUCCAGCAGGGUUUUGGGGGAAUCAUCCCGAGGUGAACCAAGCGGGAGCCGGGGAGGCCCAGAAGGGCACCCUCACCCUCCUCUUGGCCUGGCCCCCCAGCCGCGGGAGAAGACCCCCCUCACAUGCCCUGAGUGCAAUAAGAGCUUCAGGAGGCGGAGUACACUGACCGCCCACAGGAAGAUCCACACGGGUGAGCGCCCCUUCACCUGCACCGACUGCAGUAAGAGCUUCAGCUGGAAGAGCAGCCUGACCAGACACGAACGCAUCCACACAGACGAGCACCCCUUUCACUGUGCUGACUGUGGAAAGAGCUUCAUCUGGAAGCACUUGCUGAUCACCCACCAACGCAUCCACUCUGGUGAGUGUCUCUUUUCCUGUACCAGCUGUGGCAAGAGCUUCAAUGAGAAGGUCUUCUUGAUCAGACACCAGCGCAUCCACACGGGUGAGCGCCCCUUUCACUGUGCUGACUGUGGAAAGAGCUUCAUCUGGAAGCACUUGCUGAUCGCCCACCAGCGCAUCCACUCUGGUGAGUGUCUCUUUUCCUGUACCAGCUGCGGCAAGCGCUUCAAUGAGAAGGUCUUCUUGAUCAGACACCAGCGCAUCCACACUGGUGAGCGCCCCUUCGUAUGCAUGGAGUGUGGCAAAAGCUUCGGACAGAAGCAUCACAUGCUCAGCCACCAGCGCAUCCACACAGGCGAGCGCCCAUAUCACUGUGCUGACUGUGGCAAGAAUUUCAACUGGAAGGUCAGCCUGACCAAGCACCAACGCAUCCACACAGGCGAGCGCCCUUUUGUCUGUGCUGACUGUGGCAAGAACUUCAACUGUAAGUCCAGCCUGAUCACGCACCAACGCAUCCACACAGAUGAGCGCCCAUUCACCUGCCCCGAGUGCAGCAAGAGCUUCAGAGUGAAGAGUGUGCUCAUAGCCCACCAAACCAUCCACAGUGGUGAGAAGCCGUACAACUGUGAGGUGUGCAACAAGACUUUCAGGCAGAAGUCUGACCUGAAGAGACACCAGCGGGUGCAUUGAUCCCUGCGGGUGGUGCCAGAGGGUGACAGGUGGGAAGGUGCAUGUCCUUCCCUGUCAGGGGAGAAGAUCCCGGGAGGCGGCUGCAAGAAGCGGUUUUGGUCCAAGGGGACCAUGCUGGCUCACCAGCGCAUCCACAGCACCCUCCGUCUGCUGCCACUUCCACUCCAGUGCUCCCCAAACUGCUGCUGAGGGUCCUGCAGGGCACUGGGGGCUCUGCUGCAGGGUGGCUGCGGGGAAAACCCUGUGGGAAUAAAACUAAAUAUGGAGAAAAAUGGGCACCUUGAAGUUUUAUGAAUCCUCCCUCCACUCAUAGGCUGAGUACAAGGUAGCUUUUUCCUUAGAAAGCAAUUAGUGAAGGUGUAACAUGCAGAGGUGCAGCACAGUUUUCAUCGGAAAGGAAUGCAUCGAGGACAUCUUGCCCUGUGAUGUGGGUGCCAGGACAUUUGGGGACAGCCGUGUCCAGCCCCCGCUAUCAGCAAGGAGCCUGGUACCCAAGGACAAUGCCCCUUUAUGUUCCAAGAAGACAAAUUGCAGUCACCGCUCUGACACUCCUGCCCUCCAGCUGACCUGUUCGCUUUACACCAUCACAGCAAUAGCAUUGUAAUACUAAAGCACAGCUCCAUACAGAAGGCUGCCCGCCUCCUCCCCGGCUCUGAGGCAAAGCACUCCCAUAACCACUCCUACUGCGCCUGCGGUCAGGUUUUGGCACGUGAAGGGAGAACUUUUCCUCCAGCAAUCGGCAGGGUUUGAUGUUGUACCUUCAGUCACUCUCGAUCCACCUAAAAC